UAUGGGCUAUAAAGUAAACUUUAAAAUGUCCGGGUUUUAGAUUUAAAUCGACCCAACUAUUUUUAAAUCCCCAUUGUUUGUAAAAAGGUAAUGUGUUCACUCAUGCCAAUAAAAUAAUUAUUACAUGUAGUUAUUCAUGGCGAAACACGUUUGUGGAUAUUGUUUGUAAAUUUCUGGACAGUAUAGAAAAUUUAUAAGAUAUGAUGAGGAAAGCUUCCGUGACUAGAAUACUGAAGAGACUAAAGAUUUUCAUUGGAAUACUCAUCUGUAUAGCUAUAACUCUACUUCUGUUGAUUAUAUCAUCGAUUCUAAGAUUCAACUGGAAGGUGAGAAUGUCAGAGGCACCAAAACAAUUGAGUGUGCAUCCACUAUCAGAGACAACUGUUAAUGGUAUACCUCUAAUCAUACACCAAACGUGGAAAUCUAAAAAUGUUCCAGACAAAUGGAAAGACGCUCAAGACUCUUGGACAAAUCAAUCGGUGAUAUAUCCAUUAAAACGAAAAUACAACGAGUUCGUUUACAUGUUAUGGACCGAUAAAAUGUUAGACACUUUCAUAAAGGAGAAGUAUCCAUGGUUUUACAAUGCGUUCCAUAGUUAUCAUUUUCCUAUCUCACGGACGGAUGCGGGAAGAUAUUUUUUAUUAUACCAUUAUGGUGGAGUUUAUUCCGAUUUGGAUAUAGGUUGUAAUAAUCAAUCGAUAAGAAAGAUAUUGUCAAGUAUAGAAGGUCAUGAAGGGGUCGGGGUCAUGGAAGUUAGACCAUACGGAUUUUCUUUAGAAGUGCUAAUUUCUGCGAAAGGUCAUCCAUUUAUGAAAUCAGUGAUAUCGGGUUUGAUACCAGCUCAAGCAAGACAUCCAAUCCCAUACCUAACAGUGUUGCUAUCUGCAGGUCCAUUAUAUUUCACCGCAAAAUAUGGAUUAUAUAAAAAUAAGCACGAAAUACAUAUUGUGAGUCCUGCGUUGUAUGAAGGGAAAUAUUUUAAACAUUAUCACGGUGGCAGUUGGCAUAGCUGGGAUGGAGAAUUAAUUUGGUGGUUUUAUAACCACGGACCAUUAUUUUUAAAAUUGAUAAUAUUAGCAGUAAUAAUGUUUGUACUGGUGACGUUAAAAAAUAAUAACACUUCUGUUGGAAAACGAAGAAAUAGUCAUAUAUCAUAAUUACACCGAUAUAAACAA